AUGUCUCCUUCAGCCGCCCCAGCGUCAAAGAGCUAUAGCAUAGCCUCCAUCCCAGCGGACGGGAUCGGCCCUGAGGUCGUCGAUGCCGCCAUUACAGUCCUGAAGACACUGUCAGAAACGCUGGGGUCGUUCGACAUCGGCUUCACUCAUUUCGACUGGAGCUCGGACACAUAUAAGAAGACCGGGAAGUAUAUUCCCGAGGGCGGACUGGAUGAGCUUAAGAAGCACGACGCUAUCCUGUUUGGCGCUGUCGGCGCCCCAGACGUUCCGGACCACAUUUCGCUCUGGGGCCUCCGCUUGGCGAUCUGCCAACCUUUCCAGCAGUACGCCAACGUGAGGCCAACCAAGGUCUUCCGAGGGACCCAGUCGCCCCUGAGGAACUGCAACACUGGUGAUCUCGAUUGGGUCAUUGUCCGCGAGAACUCAGAAGGCGAAUAUGCCGGCCAGGGUGGGCGCAGCCACCGCGGCCACCCCUGGGAGACGGCCACCGAGGUGGCCAUGUUCACACGCCAUGGCGUGGAGCGUAUCAUGAGGUUCGCGUUCGAGACGGCGCAGAGCAGGCCGCGGAAGCUUCUCACGGUCGUGACGAAGAGCAACGCCCAGCGGAACGGGAUGGUGCUCUGGGACGAGGUGGCAGCAGCAGUCGCCAAGGAUUUCCCUGACGUGACUGUCGACAAGAUGUUGGUGGACGCCAUGACUUGCAGGAUGGUUCUCAAGCCAGAGUCGCUUGAUACCAUUGUGGCUACGAACUUGCACGCAGACAUCCUUUCCGAUCUGGCAGCCGCCCUGGCAGGAUCCAUAGGGAUUGCACCAACAUCAAAUCUGGACCCCACACGCCAAAACCCUAGCAUGUUCGAGCCCAUCCACGGCUCCGCAUUCGAUAUUACCGGCAAGGGAAUCUCCAACCCUGUCGCCACAUUCUGGACGAGCGCUGAAAUGUUGGCAUGGCUCGGGGAAAAGGAUGCAAGCACCAAGUUGUUGGAUGCCGUGGAGCGCGUCUGUGAGAAGGGAGUCGCCACAGCUGAUCUCGGUGGCAAGGCGAAGACGGCGGAUGUGACAGCUGCGGUGUGCGAUGAGAUCAGGAGCUCAUAUGGUCAGAAGUAA